UCUCCUAUAGGGACUACAAGUACUGCACUUUUGCUUAUAUUAUAUAGCUCUCUUUGUUUCAUUCAAACAAUUGCACCCUUUUAAGUAAUCUUUAUUGCAAGUAGAAAAAAAACCAAUGGGAAGAUCACCAAGUUCUGAUAAAAAUGGACUCAAGAAAGGUCCUUGGACCUCAGAGGAAGAUCAUAAGCUCAUAGAAUAUAUUCAAGUUCAUGGUCCUGGAAACUGGCGUAGCCUCCCUAAAAAUGCUGGACUUCAAAGGUGUGGAAAGAGUUGUCGUCUUCGUUGGACGAAUUAUUUGAGACCAGAUAUUAAGAGAGGAAGAUUCUCAUUUGAAGAAGAAGAAACUAUUAUCCAACUUCACAGUGUUCUAGGCAACAAAUGGUCAGCAAUAGCUGCUCGUUUGCCAGGAAGAACGGACAAUGAAGUAAAGAAUUAUUGGAACACACACAUAAGAAAAAGGCUUCUAAGAAUGGGACUUGAUCCAGUAACUCACAGCCCUCGUCUUGAUUUAUUAGACUUAUCAUCCCUCCUUAACUCUACACAAUUUAACCUUUCAAGUUUACUUGGACUACAAGCAUUUGUAAACCCUCAAGUCUUGGCACUAAUUUCUACAACCCUUUUUACAUCCCAUACAGAAAAUCCAGAAAUGUUAUUACAAAGACAACUUCAAGAAAACCAAUUUUUGAACGCACAAAUACAAAACCAAGAAGGGUCUCAAGUGUUGUUGCAAAAAUAUCAAGAAAAUCAAAUUUUAAAUGGCCCAAUGGAAAACCCUACCCCAACUUUCCAACCUUAUAAUCAGUUCCAAGAUCGGACUUCAGAAAUACCAACAUGCACUACAUCAAACUUGGGAUCAUAUAAUUUGGUGAAUGGCCAAAAUUUACAAGAAAAUGUGAUGCUACCUUUGCAAAACUAUGGCCAAAUUUUACAAGAAAACUCCAGCGGUCAAAACUUUAGCUUUGAUUCAGUGUUGUCAACACCAUUGUCAAGCAGUACAGAAGAUGAGAGAGAUAGCUACUGCAGUAAUUUCAUGAAAUUUGAAAUUCCAGAAAGUUUAUUUUUUGAUGAUUUAGUGUGAAAAUUGACACUCUUUAGUACUUGGUUAUCACUUUUUCGUUGUUGUUUCUCUUCUAGGCUAAUUAUUUGGAUGGAACAAUUGUUACAUUUUUUUUUAACUUGGUCCAUUCAAAUCUACAUUUUUUUUACGU